AUGAAAUUUCUUUUACUCUUUUUGAUAGUUGUUUGUGCAUCAUCAUUCAGUUCAUCACUUUAUUGUUUUAAUUGUCUUGAAAAACCGGAACUUCAAAAUUCUUGUGUACAUGCAAGAUUCUUGAAUAUUGAAUUAAAAAUGGAACUAAGGUGUAUUGAACCCUGUUGGUGUAUUAAACCCAGUCCGAUAUUUUUGAGGGACUACCUAGGACUGCCAGUACUUUUUGCCGGACACAAUAUCGCUGUGCACUUCAAUCACUCAACUUACCGAAAUCUGUAUGAAUAA